GGACAAAGGCAUGAAGUUCAUAGUUGGCAAGGACUGGAGGGAUCUCUUUGAUGUGGUCAUUGUACAGGCUGACAAGCCAAACUUUUUCAAUGAUAAGCGAAGACCCUUUCGGAAGGUGAAUGAAAGGGGAGUAUUGCUCUGGGACAAAAUCCACAAGCUGCAGAAAGGUCAGAUUUACAAACAGGGGAACCUCUAUGAGUUUCUGAAGCUCACUGGCUGGAGAGGCUCUAAGGUUCUCUACUUUGGUGACCACAUAUACAGUGACUUGGCAGACUUGACCCUGAAGCACGGCUGGCGCACCGGUGCGAUUAUCCCGGAGCUGCGGUCAGAGAUUAAAAUCAUGAACACAGAGAAGUACAUUCAAACCAUGACCUGGCUGCAAACCUUGACAGGAUUAUUGGAACACAUGCAGGUUCACCGUGAUCCUGAUUCACAAAUGAUUUUGGAAGAAUGGAAGAAGGAAAGAAAAGAAUUGAGGGAGAUGAACAGGAAUUUCUUCAACGCACAAUUUGGAAGCUUAUUCAGAACUGAUGAGAAUCCAACUUACUUCCUGAGACGUCUCUCUAGAUUUGCAGAUAUCUACAUGGCAUCACUGAGUUGUCUCUUGAACUAUGAGCCUGAUUACACGUUUUAUCCAAGAAGGACUCCUUUGCAGCAUGAACUGCCUGGCUGGUCAGACCAGCUCUGCACUGGUACAUUCAGAAUACCUUUCCUACAAGAGACUGUUCAGAUCAAAUAA